UUAUUAUUUCAAAGAAGAAUAACUCGGUGAUGGAGCAUUCUCAGUGACUGAUGGACUCAAAAGAAGAAAGCUUAACAGCCCAGGAAGGAGCCAGAGAGAGAGGCCUGGUCUAUGUGUGGCAGGCUGGUUCCUGUUGUCCUACCCCAGAAAGACUUCCCGGUUGGACUGGAAAAAGAGUGUUGCAGGCAGCACUUGGAGAAAACCAUGGUGUACUUUUGUCUGAUGAUGGCAAAGUUUAUAGUUUUGGAAAACUUCCUUGGAGACUUGGGCUAGAACAGUCUUUUAUUAAUUGUCCCAUACUGGAAAAAGCUUUGAAUGGACAACAUGUUGCUACAGUGGCAGCUGGCAGCUUUCACAGUGGAGCAGUAACUGAAGGAGGAGUGGUAUAUAUGUGGGGGGAGAAUUCUGCUGGUCAGUGUGCUGUGGCCAAUCAGACUACUGUGCCAGAACCCACCCCCAUCAGCAUUUCUGAUGAUGAAGCUGGACCUUUCUUGCCAAUUCGGAUUUUGCAAUUGACGUGUGGAGAGAAGCACACCUUGGCACUUUCACAAAGUAGAGAGAUAUGGGCAUGGGGAAGUGGCUGUCAACUAGGCCUUAUAACCAAUGCUUUUCCAGUGACCAAACCGCAAAAAGUUGAAUAUCUGGCAGGGCGUGUGGUGCUUCAGAUUGCUUGUGGGACCCACCACAGCUUGGCCCUGGUGCAAUGCCUCCCCACUCAAGACUUAAAACCUCUCCCAGAGAGAUGCAAUCACUGCAGCCAGCUUCUCAUUACCAUGACUGAUAAAGAAGACCAUGUCAUCAUCUCUGAUAGCCACUGCUGUCCAUUGGGUGUUGUACUGACUGAGUCUCAGUCUGAGAAUCGCACAUCUUGUUCCUCGCUAGAAACUUUGGAAAGAAAGAGUUUAACAAGCAGCCAAGGUGAGGAUUGUCAAAAAACCCUUUCAGAAGAUCAGAUGUUGCCUGGGGCAGAGUAUGAUGUAACAAGUAUAUUUUCGAACAAUGAUGGACAGGAAGAUAGUGGCAUUUCUAGUCCAGGAAAACCUUUGAUCAUUGAUAAAACAGCAGUAAAGCAACACUUGACGAGCCUUUCAGAUAAUUCAUUAAAUGCAAGCAGGGAGCCGCAAAUCAGCUCUCAACCUGAACAGUCUCAAGAAGAGGAUCAUCUUGUUUGCCUCCCCGGUCCGCCUCUUCCAGGUACAUCUGCCCUUAAUAGUCUAGUAGUUUCUUGUGCAUCUGCGGUUGGUGUAAGAGUAGCUGCUACAUAUGAAGCCGGAGCCUCAUCUCUGAAGAAGGUAAUGAACUUCUAUGGCCCAGUUGCAGGUUGCACAGCAUCCCCACCUAGUGGAAGUUCUCCAGUCCUUGAUGGAAUGAAAGACAGUCGAGAAGAGCAGGUCAAGCUGGAAUCGAUGCAAGGCAAAAAAAGUUCCAGCUUGGUAGAUAUUAGAGAAGAGGAAUCUGAAGGAAUCUGUCGAAGGCUUUCCUUGCCUGGUUUGCUCUCCCAAGUUUCUCCAAGGCUUUUGAGGAAAGUAGGACGAGCCAAAAUGAGAACAGUUGCCCUGACACCUACGUAUAGUGGUGAAGCUGAUGCGCUUCUUCCAUCUCUGCGAACUGAGGUGUGGAGCUGGGGGAAAGGAAAAAAUGGGCAACUGGGACACGGUGAUGUCUUGCCAAGGCUCCAACCAUUGUGUGUAAAAAGUCUUGAUGGUAAGGAAGUAAUUCAUUUGUCUGCUGGUGGCCAUCAUUCCUUGGCACUCACAGCUAAAUCGCAGGUAUAUGCAUGGGGCAGUAAUACUUAUGGACAGCUAAAUCAUUUAAAUUCUCCAACCACAAUCCCUCGUCUGGCAAAGAUAUGUGAUGACAACAGAAUUUGGAAUAUAGCAGCAGGUCCAGAUUAUUCCUUAUUCCUAGCAGACGGAGAAGAUUUUCAGCCUUCAUUGUAUUAUAGUGGCCGAGAAGAAAAAGAAGAGGAUGAUGUUUCAUCUGAAAACGACUGCCUAAAGAGUCCAACACUGUUGUUAAACUGUAGUAAGCUAGGGUAUAUUAGCAAUGUGACCACAGGUGGGAAAAACUGUUUGGCUUUGGUGGACAAAAACAUUAUGGGGUACAUCGCAAGUCUUCAUGAGUUGGCUUCGACAGAGAGACAAUUCUACUCUAAACUGAGUUCUAUAAAAUCUCAAGUUCUCCGACCACUCUUGGGAUUUGAUAAUUUAGGUGGGGCAUCCACCAUUCAAUUGCUGCAGGAAAUGGCAAGUACAUUCAGCAAACUGUGUUACCUGAUUGGUCAGCAUGGAGCCUCUUUGACCAGCUUUCUUCAAGGAUUAAAAGAGGCAAAGAAUCUGGUGAUCCUGAAGCAUUCAAAUCUGUUUUUGGAAAGUUAUACUGAGUACUGUGCUUCCUUGACAAACUUUUUGGUAAUGGGAGGAUUUUCAAUACUCUCCAAGCCAACAGUGGAUUUCUUAGGCAAAAACCAAGCAUUAUUUCAAGAUCUGUCAGAGACAAACGAGAUUUAUCCAUUAAUGGAGAUGCUAAAUGCUCUGUUUUUCUUGCCAAUCAGACGACUUCAUAAUUAUGCUAGAGUUUUACUAAAGCUUGCUACCUGUUUUGAAGUGACAUCUCCAGAAUAUCAAAGCCUUCAUGAUUCCAGCUCUUCUUAUGAAUCUCUGGCUGUCCAUCUCAGUAGGAAACGAAAAGAAGCUGAAUAUACCCUGGGUUUCUGGAAAACGUUUCCUGGGAAAAUGACAGAUUCCUUGAGGAAACCUGAGCGGCGACUAAUCUGUGAAAGCAGCAAUCGAGGAUUGUCCCUGCAACAUGCUGGGAGAUUUUCAGUGAAUUGGUUUAUCCUCUUCAAUGAUGCCUUAGUCCAUGCUCAGUUCUCAACUCACCAUAUUUUUUCCUUGUCUACCCUGUGGGUAGAACCUGUUUCAGAAGAGUCUGGAAAUAUGAAUGGUUUGAGAAUCACUACACCUGAAGAACAGUUUAUUCUCAUUUCAUCAAGCCCACAAGAAAAGACUAAGUGGCUGAAAUCUCUAAGCCAAGCUAUAGAUCAGGCCUUAAAAGGGACAUCUGAUUUGCCUCCCUGUGGUGUUAGCGGAAGCCUUCAGAGGCAGGAGCCCCCUAUUUCAAGGAACGCAAAAUAUACCUUCUACAAAGACCCUCGGCUUAAGGACGCUGUUUACAACGGUCGAUGGCUUUCUGGGAAGCCACAUGGCAG